CUAGCUAGCCUCUGCUGCUGCUCUGCCGUAGCUGUUCUUCGGUCGACUGCCUGAUUGCGAGGAGAGAGAAGAACAGAGAGGAAGCUACUCAAGAAGCGAGCUCGAGGCGCCAUGGAUUACUGGAAGUCCAAGGUGCUGCCCAAGAUCAGGCUCGCCUUCAAGACCGGCGGCAAGAAGGCCGCCGCCGCCGCCGAGCUCAUCAAGUCAUUCGAUGAAUCAAAGGAGGCGAUCGAUGGCGAGUUCGAGGAGAAGAAGGCAGAUCUCCAGCCUAAGGUCGUCGAGAUCUACGAGUCUGCUCCUGCCCCACUCAAGGUUCUGAUCAAGGAGAGGAGCAAGGUUUCCGGGAUCAAGAAGAACUCGGCCGCCAUCACCAAGUUCUUUGAAGAUCUCGCCAAGAUCGAAUUCCCUGGAGCCAAGCAAGUGAGCGAGGGCAUCACCAAGGUCGGCCCGGCCCUGCUGUCCGGCCCCAUCUUCGCUGCAUUCCAGAAGGUCUCCACGCUGCUCCCCGUCGCCGCCGAGGAGGCGCCCAAAGAGGCUCCGGCCGCCACUGAGGAGGCAGCGGAGAAGGAAGCUGCUGCCGAGGAGAAGAAAGAGGAAGCGGCCGGUGGGAAGAAAGAGGAAGCAGACGAGGAGAAGAAAGAAGAGGCCCCUGCCACGGCCGAGGAGGCUGCCGCCGCCGGGACUGCUACCCCUGUUGAAGCCUCUGCUGCUGCUGAGCCAGCUGCCGAGGCAGCGCCGGCAGAGCAAGUGGCAGAAGCUGCCGCGCCAGCUGAGGCGGAGCCUGCGAAGGCCGAGGAGGAGACACCCAAGGCUUAGCUUGGGUUCAGGUUCAUUUUGCAGCCGCUAGCUUGCUAGAGAGAUCGGCUUCGCACAAACUAUGCUCUAUCACCAUUCAUUGUUCUUGCAUAUAUGCAAAAUGUUUUGUCUCUCCAUCUGUUCCUAUGGAUUACGGUUAGAUAUGUAUGUAAUCCUAUAAAUUUUGUAUGUACUUAUUCAUAUUCAGUGUGAGAAUAUGUAUCGGCGUCUGUAUAUUAUUGCCAGUUUUGGUUUGGACUUAAUUCUUUGUUUCAUCAUGAUUGAUCAA